GUUUAUGCCUUUUGGUUUUUUAUCCAGCUUCACUCGGGCAAUAAUCUAUUGCAUCCAGUGACCACUAAGUUCUCUGGCGUGACCAGUAAUGGCUUUUAUAGUUUCAGGAUGGGUCUAUUGCAGUUCUUUGCACUAAAAAAGAAAAUAUUUACUGUGCUCCUAUCCUUGAGUAAAAUACUAAUUUUGCUGCUCUUAUAGAGCAAGUGGUCAUUACUAUAAUUGAGCAAUACACCUAUGAGAGAAGCACUUCUGUCUCAGGCAUACCUAUAUAAAAAUGCACCCCCUGCAGGCAUAGAGGAUAUCUCUUGGCUUAACAAGGGGUGCUGCUCUUGCUUAACCACUUUCUCAUAUUAGUGUCUCCAUGGGCUGUCAAGAACAACUCGUGAUAGAAAAGGUUUGUGAGAUCUAUGAAAAAAUUUCAGGGUUAGAAAGCCUUACUCCCUCCAAGAAUGUCAACUACCUUUUCACCCAGCUUGUACACAUAUGCAUUCCCCAGUGUCAAAUAGAUGUAACUAAAUUGAGUGAAAAAGUUCAAGAAAUUAGGUCUGAGCUAAUUAAACUUUGUGGCCAAGCUGAGGGACUCUUAGAAAGCCAUUUUUCUACCAUCAUAGGAUCUCAUGAGAACCCACUUCACCAUGUCAGACUCUUUCCUUACUAUUCCAAUUACCUCAAACUUAGCCAAUUAGAGUUUUCCAUGCUUAGCAAAAAUUGCACUCAAAUUCCUAAUCACGUUGCCUUUGUGGGUUCUGGUCCACUUCCUCUCACCUCAAUCAUCCUAGCCACUGAUCACUUGAGGACAACCUACUUCCAUAACUAUGAUAUUGACCCAUCAGCAAAUUCCAAAGCCCUCCAGUUGGUUUCAUCAGAUCCCAAUUUGUCCAAACGAAUGUUUUUCCACAAUGCUGACAUUAUGAAUGUUUCAAGCAGCUUAAAAGAAUAUGAAGUCAUUUUCCUGGCAGCUCUAGUGGGCAUGGACAAGGAAGAGAAGGUUCAGGUCAUUAACCACUUGGCUGAACAUAUGGCUCCAGGAGCUAUUCUAUUGCUAAGGAGUGCACAUGGUGCCCGAGCAUUCAUGUAUCCUGUCGUUGAUCCUCAAGAUCUUCAAGGCUUUGAAGUUCUUUCAGUCUUUCAUCCUACCGAUGAGGUCAUAAAUUCAGUUAUUAUUGCACGCAAAUUUUCAAGGCCAAUCCAUUCAUUGAAUCAAGGGCUUAGUUCUGCCUUAUUGUCUAGCAAAUGUUCUGACAUUCAAGGCUUCAAUCACAAAACUUAUAGCAACAUAAUUGGAGAAUUGACCAUUGAUAAGCAACUGUCGUGAGUCUAAACCACUUCACUGCCAAGAAUCCUCUGCUUUUCCCGCCCUGAUCCAUAUUUCCUCUCUAUGAGAUAAUUCAUAUGCAAAAGGGAUCUCUUGAAUUUUAUUUUUGUUUUUUUUAUUCUCAUAUGCUCCAAUGCAGUCUUUCCUUAAAUAAAAGGUUUAGUCUUUGCUAAGCAUUUUUUUUUUU